AGUUGCUAUUUGCUGCUGUAAAAAAAGUGGGGUUUGAAACGGUGGAGUUCCAUGGAUGGGGUUAUACGUAACUGCAGAAUUUAAUCCUAAAUUCCCAUCUUUCCAUUAAAAUAGUCGAUUACUGUAUCUGUAUGCCAUCAGCCCCUUUUGUAGGACCUUUUCUCUUUCAUUUUCAGGGCGGGAACUCCAAAUUUACUCCAAAUUCUUUCUAGGGUUUCUUCGAAUUUCAAAUUUGGUUCAAGGGUUCUAUUGGGGUUCUGGAUAUUGAAGACCUAGAUGAUUUGCUUGCUAUGAUGACCAAUAGCAACACUACGAUGAGUCUCCGUAAGGGGUCCAAGGUGUGGUUAGAGGACAAAGGCACAGCUUGGGCCGCCGGAGAAGUCAGCGGUUUCUCCGGCAAACAGGUUCAAGUAAUCACUGAAUCCGGGAAGCAGGUGUUGACUUUUGCGGAUAAGCUGUUACUCAGAGAUGCUGAUGCAGAGUAUGGUGGGGUGGAUGAUAUGACCAAAUUGGCUUACUUGAAUGAACCAGGAGUGCUUGAUAAUCUUAAGAAACGUUAUGCUCUUAACGAGAUAUAUACAUACACAGGAAGCAUUCUAAUAGCUGUCAACCCGUUCACAAAGCUUCCUCAUCUUUAUAAUGUCCACAUGAUGGAGCAAUACAAAGGAGCUCCAUUCGGUGAGCUAAGCCCCCAUGUAUUUGCUGUAGCAGAUGCAUCUUACAGGGCAAUGAUGGGUGAUGCAAAAAGCCAGUCCAUAUUGGUCAGUGGAGAAAGUGGGGCCGGAAAAACCGAAACCACAAAAUUAAUCAUGCAAUAUCUUACAUAUGUUGGUGGUCGUGCUGCCAUUGAUGACAGAACAGUUGAACAACAAGUCCUAGAAUCAAAUCCUCUUCUAGAAGCUUUUGGAAAUGCAAGAACAAGUAGAAACGACAAUUCAAGUCGCUUUGGAAAGUUUGUAGAGAUUCAGUUUGAUUCAAAUGGUAGAAUAUCUGGUGCUGCAAUUAGAACUUACUUACUUGAAAGAUCUCGUGUAGUCCAAAUCACAGACCCAGAAAGAAACUACCACUGUUUUUACCAGUUAUGUGCAUCUGGAAGAGAUGCUGACAUGUACAAUCUAGGUCCUCCAAGCAACUUCCAUUACUUGAACCAAAGUAAAGUUUAUGAGUUGGAAGGUGUAAGCAGUGCAGAUGAAUAUGUAAAAACCAGAAGAGCCAUGGAUAUUGUUGGAAUCAGUAAUGAAGAACAAGAAUCUAUAUUUCGGACAUUGGCUGCAAUUCUUCAUUUAGGGAAUGUGGUAUUUAAACCAGGGAAAGAGCAUGAUUCAUCAGAAGUAAAGGAUGAAAAAUCAAAAUUUCAUUUGGAGACAGCUGCCAUGCUUUUCAAAUGUGAUUUGAAAAUUUUACUGGAAACUUUAUGCACACGUUCUAUUCAGACUCGUGAAGGGGUUAUAGUCAAGGCUCUUGAUUGUGAUGCUGCUGUUGCAAGCCGUGAUACUUUAGCAAAGACUGUUUAUGCUCGGCUUUUUGAUUGGCUUGUUGAAAAGAUUAAUAGAUCUGUUGGGCAAGAUCAUAAUUCUCGCAUGCAGAUUGGAGUUUUGGAUAUAUAUGGAUUUGAAUGCUUUAAGCAUAACAGUUUCGAGCAAUUUUGUAUUAAUUUUGCAAAUGAAAAGCUUCAGCAACAUUUCAAUGAGCAUGUGUUUAAGAUGGAGCAGGAGGAGUAUCGGAAAGAACAAAUCACAUGGAGUUACAUUGAGUUUAUAGAUAAUCAAGAUGUUUUAGAUCUCAUUGAAAAGAAGCCUAUUGGAGUAAUUGCUCUACUGGAUGAAGCUUGCAUGUUUCCAAAGUCAACACAUGAAACAUUUGCAAACAAGCUUUUCCAGAAUUUGCGGGCCCACCCAAGGUUAGGGAAGGCAAAAUUCUCCGAGACAGAUUUUACCAUUUCUCACUAUGCUGGCAAGGUCAAUUAUCAAACAGAUUCCUUCUUGGAUAAAAACCGUGAUUAUGUGGUUAUUGAUCACUGUAACCUAAUGUCUUCUUCCACAUGUCCUUUUAUCGCUGGUCUUUUCCCAGCAAUGCCAGAAGAAUCUUCUAGAUCAUCAUACAAAUUUUCUUCUGUGGCAUCUAGAUUUAAGCAACAACUACAAGCUCUCAUGGAUACCCUAAGUUCAACAGAGCCUCAUUAUGUCCGCUGUGUCAAACCAAACUCAGUCAACCGGCCUCAGAAGUUUGAGAAUCAAAGUGUGUUACAUCAGUUACGUUGUGGGGGUGUUUUGGAGGCUGUUCGAAUCAGUCUUGCAGGUUAUCCUACUAGGAAAACCUAUCAUGAAUUUGUAGACCGAUUUGGACUCAUUGCCAUGGAAGUCAUGGAUGGAAGUUACGAUGAACGUGCUAUGACAGAAAAAAUCCUGCAAAAACUAAAACUUGAGAAUUACCAGUUGGGGAAGACCAAAGUUUUCCUGAGGGCUGGUCAAAUUGGUGUAUUGGAUAGUCAACGUGCUGGAGUCUUGGAUUCUGCUGCAAAGCGUAUACAGCUUCGAAUGCGAACAUUUAUUGCACGAAAAGAUUUUACAUUAAAGCGAAAAGCUGCAAUUUCUUUUCAAGCAUACUGCAGAGGUCAUCUUACUAGAGUUAUAUAUGCUAGAAAACGUGAAGCUGCAGCUGCUAUUUUGAUACAGAAGUACAUUCGUGGAUGGUUGUUGAAGAAUGCUUAUACACAACAAUAUGUUUCUGCUGUACUUUUGCAAGCAAGCAUCCGUGGUUUCAUUACUAGACAAAGAUACCUACACAUAAGGGAACACAGAGCUGCAACUGUAAUUCAGGCUCGAUGGAGAUCGUAUAAAAUCCGUUCCACUUUUCGUCAUCGUGUGCAUGAUAUUACUAAAAUACAAUGUCUUUGGAGAAGAAAAUUGGCAAAGAGAGAGUUUAGGAGGCUUAAGCAGGAGGCUAAUGAAACUGGUGCCUUGCGCCUAGCGAAAACUAAGCUAGAAAAACAGCUGGAGGAUCUGACGUGGCGCUUGCAACUAGAGAAAAAAUUAAGGGGGUCAACUGAUGAGUCAAAAUCUGUGGAAAUUGCAAAACUUAAAAAAACUGUGCAAUCUUUGGUUCUUGAGUUGGAUGCAGCAAAGUUGGCUACUGUGAAUGAAUGCAACAAAAACGAAGUGUUGCAAAACCAACUGGAAAUGUCAGUGAAAGAAAAAUCUUCUUUGGAAAGAGAACUAGUUGGAAUGGCUGACUUGAGAAACGAAAAUUCAUAUUUGAAGAGCUCACUGAGUACAUUGGAAGAGAAGAACUCAACACUGCAAAGCCAACUUACUGAGGCUAAAGAGGAUGCAUCCAGUAACCUUAAAAAAUUGAGGGAGGUUGAGAAAACAUGUGCACUACUCCAACAGAAGUUAAAAAGCUUUGAGGAAAAGCUAACAAGUUUGGAGAAAGAGAACCAUGUUUUAAGACAGAAGACAUUAAGUGCCACUUCAAGAGGGAACUGGCAAAGUAACACCAAGCCGUUUCUUGAGAAGUUCUCUGGUGCACUUGCUCUUCCCUUCACAGAGCGAAAAUCUAUAUAUGAAACCCCUACGCCUAUGAAAAGCGCAAAUCCAAAUUCCCAAGGUUUGACGGAUUCACGUCGGUCAAAGAUGACUUCUGAAAAACAGCAGGAGAACUCUGAAAUCCUGUCACGGUGUAUUAAAGAAAACCUGGGAUUCAAAGAUGGAAAACCUGUGGCUGCUACUGUUAUAUAUAAGUGCCUUCUUCAUUGGCAUGCCUUUGAAUCCGAAAGAACUACAAUUUUCGACUUCAUUAUUGAGAACAUCAACAGUGCUCUUAAGAUGGGUGAUGAGGGACUUACCUUACCAUACUGGUUGUCCAAUGCUUCAGCUCUUUUAUGCCUCCUGCAAAGAAACUUCAGGUCCAAUGGUUUCUUGACACCUCAGCGUUCUGGUGUGUCAUCUUUUUCGAAUGGAAGGGUUGCACAAGGGUACACUCCGCAUAAAUACAUUGUUGAUGAUGGGAUUUCACCCAUGGAAGCUAGGUAUCCAGCUAUAUUAUUUAAACAACAGUUAACAGCUUGUGUGGAGAAGAUAUUUGGGUUGAUAAGAGACAACUUAAAAAAGGAAAUAUCACCGCUCUUGAAUUCAUGCAUCCAGGCGCCCAAGAACCAACGAGUACAUGGUGGUAAACCUUCAAGGUCACCUAGUGGCAUCCCUCAGCAGGCUGCUGGUAGUCAGUGGGAGAAGAUCAUAGAGUUUUUGGAUUCCUUGAUGGAUCGCCUACGUGGAAAUCAUGUACCUUCGUUUUUCAUACGCAAGCUUACAACACAGGUGUUUUCAUUCCUCAACAUAUCACUUUUCAACAGCCUUUUAUUGCGGCGAGAAUGCUGCACAUUCUCAAACGGGGAAUACGUGAAAUCUGGUCUAGCAGAACUUGAGAAAUGGAUAGCCAAUGCAAAGGAAGAGUUUGCAGGAACUUCUUGGCAUGAAUUAAAUUAUAUCAGACAAGCCGUUGGGUUUCUGGUGAUACACCAGAAAAGAAAAAAGUCUCUGGAAGAGAUCAGACAGGAUCUAUGUCCGAUCACAUUUAAUUUAAUACUAAUAAUUUGUGAUUUUGGAUUGGAUAGGCGUUUGACUGUUAGACAAAUAUAUCGCAUAAGUACAAUGUACUGGGAUGACAAAUAUGGGACCCAAAGCGUCUCAAAUGAGGUUGUUACUGAGAUGAGGGAAAUGCUGAACAAGGACUCUCAGAAUCUUACUUCCAAUUCAUUCUUAUUGGACGAUGAUCUCAGCAUUCCAUUCUCUACAGAAGAUAUCUACAUGGCAAUUCCUGGCAUUGAUCCUACAGAUAUCGAGCCCCCUGCGUUCUUAGCUGAAUAUCCUUCGGCACAAUUUCUACUUCCAAAUCCCAAGUGAAUUUGUCGAUAAAAGACCAUUUGCAUGCUUACGGUAGGGGAAAGGAAAUAUAUCGUUUCUGUAGGGAUAUUUAAUUAGGAGUGCAAGCAAGUCAAAGUUCCAUGUAAAGUAAAUACUACUAGUUAAUUUCUUUUCUUUUUUUAUUCUUUUGUAAAGCUUGUUUGUUGUGCACAUUGUAAUCGAUUCCAGUGGAUUCUCAUUCUCG